AUGCCACCCAAACCGAACAGCUCAAAGUAUAAGAAACCUCUGACGUCCCUUGAUCGCAAAGCGAAAAAGAAGAAAGCGGAACUCAUUCACAAGGCGACCGUCAAAAGUCAGUACUAUAAAACGAUUGCCAAAGAGAAAGAUGUAUUGGAAGCGCCCGAUUACGUAAAGGAAAUCUUUGGUGAGAGAACCAUUGACGACCAAGGCAAUGUCGUCGAGUACGAGGCUGCCAAAGGCGUGAAGCGAAAGGCCAAAGCAACCGACGAUGUCAAAGAGGACGAAAAAGUAUUUUACCUGGACGAAUCGUCUUCAUCGGAAGAAGAGGAUGACGAGCAAGAGCAGGGAAAAGCAAAACAGAAAAAGGAUGUAAAAGGCAAAGGCAAACAGGAGAAGAAGAACGAGAACAAAAGAAGUAAGCCCAAUCCUUUCAAAGAGCAGAUGGAACGACGUGAAAAGGAGCGCCAGGAAGCAUUGCAGAAGCGAGCGGAACGUGAAGAAGAGUAUCAGGCCAAAAACAAAGCUCGAAAACAGUAUUACAAAGAACGAAAUCGUGAGCGUGGCAAGAUGUUGGCCAAAAAUAGUAAAGGUCAACCCAACAUGGCCACGCAGAUGGAAAUCUUGCUUGGAAAGAUCAAGAAGCAGGUUUCCAAGUAA